AUGUCAAAACCGGUCUUUGUUUGUGUUCCGGGAGCCUCACAUUCGCCCAUUAUCUACGAACCACUGAGGAACAUUCUGUCUUUGUACGGAUAUAGCUCGGUUCCUCUUGCUCUGCCCUCGGCUGGAGGCAAUCCCCCCACGUACGAUUUCAGAGAAGAUGUCCAAACGAUACGGAACCUCGUCAUGCGAAUUAUCGAUUCCGGGGCAGAUGUAAUUCUUGUUCUUCACGGGUAUGGAGGUUUGCCUGGCGCAGAAGCGCUCCAGGGUCUAGGGAGAGACGAGAGGAAUCAGAGGGGACUUAGGGGUUGUGUUGUUCGGCUUGUGUUUAUCAUGUCCUACAUGGCUCUUGAAGGCUUUCAAGGGAGUCCUAGAGGUGACGUUUCUUCAAUGUUCCCAUACAUGCGCUGUAAUGUUCAAGCUGGCGUAUCCACCGUCAGACCCGCCGACGCCAUCUCAGUCUUCUACAACGACUUGCCCAGGCAACAAGCAGAAUACUACGCAUCCCAAUUGCUGCCCCAAAGUCUCGGCGUCUUCUGGAGCAGAACAAGCUACGCAGCGUGGCGAUAUAUCCCUUCAACAUAUGUUCUAUGUGCUAGGGACCAAUCAAUGUCGUUAAGCUACGGAGAAAUGAUUUUAAAGGCAGCUCAGGAAUCGAGACCGAACAUGGUGGAUAGUGUGGAGAGAUGUGAUGCCGGUCAUUGUGUUAUGCUGAGUCAAUCCGACUGGACGGCGAAUAUGCUGAGGAGAGCUGCAGGUGAGCGGGUUUGA